CCUAAAACUUUUAUCAUACAAAAAUUCACGUAAACUUGAUAGUGUAAUUGUAUUAAUAUCGAGGAAAGACUUUGAUUUGACUAUGGGAAACUUUAAUGGGAAAGUUGAUGCAGCAGCAGUAGAAAUUGAAAAUUCUAAAGCAACUGUCACAAAACCAGAGGAACAACCCAAAAAGUUGAAGCCUUGCUGUGCUUGCCCAGAAACGAAAAAAGCGAGAGAUGCAUGCAUUAUUGAAAAUGGAGAAGAAAAUUGCACACAUUUAAUUGAAGCGCAUAAAGAAUGCAUGAGGAAAUUGGGUUUCAAUAUCUAAGUAAGGAUGCCCAUUUUACCUCCUUGUAAAUAUUGUAGUAUUUAACGUUAGUUAUGUAUAGUAAAGGAUAAUAUAAAAUAAAGUUGUGUCUGUCUAUGAAA